AUGUACUAUAGCGAUUUAAUGUGGGUGCACAGGUGUGCAACAAUUAUGUUAGAUUCUCAUUUAUGUAAAGAUUACAACUUCAAUAUGCCGCCACAGAGUGACGACGACGACGACUUUCUCUAUGGUUCCGACGAGAACGAGCAGCCAGUCCAGAAGAAGCAGAAGACAGCGCCAUCGGUCGAGGUCAAAGAAACCGUUCCAGCACCUUCAAAAAACGAGAAUGAUGAUUCUGACGAAGAAGAAGAUUCCGACGAUGACAUUGAAUUUGUCAUUGGCGACACCGGUUCCAAGCCCAGCACGGCCACCACGAGCUCUGGGACCCAUAACGACACCAUAGACGCAGUUACAGACGCCGAGGACCAGAAUAAGUCGAAUGCAGUGGUGGCCAAGGAUUCCUCCAAACCCACCACUGUCGAUGUAAAUGCAGUUGCCGAACUUGAUGGCAAGCCAUUGACUCAGGUGGACUUGGAAAAGCUCAAAGACAAGCCAUGGCGGUUCCCGGGUGCAGAUAUAUCUGAUUAUUUCAACUAUGGAUUCGACGAAUUUUCAUGGACUGCCUACUGUUGCAAGCAAGACAAAUUACGAGGCGAAUUUAAUCCUCAAAAAUUGAUGGCACAAUUAAUGGGUGGCGGUGGACCUCCUCCCAAGCCCAACGGGCAGAACAAUAAUGGUAACAUGGCACCACCAAUGGGAAUGCCCCCAAUGGGAAUGAUGCCUGGAAUGCCACCCGGAAUGCCGCCUAUGGGUAUGAUGCCGCCUGGAAUGCCUAUGCCCAAUUUUAACAACAGACAGGGCGGGAACUUUGUCCCACCGCCACCUCCACCCGGCCGGAGGUAG